AUACAUUAAUGGAUAGACUUCGAGCUCUUGCUAAUUUUGUUGAUUCAAAAAAUGUCUCAGUACAUCGAUUAACUGAAGAUCCUACUAAAGCAUGGGAUACAAUGAAAGCCAAACAGGUGGUUCAAGUUUUAGAGCCUUUAGAUCCUCUCACUUCAUUAUCUGAGGAUAAGAUUCGAUUUGUCUUCUUAUCUGACACACACAACAAAAUUGAGAGAUUGGACUCUUUUGUACCAGCGGGGGAUGUCUUACUGCACGCAGGAGAUUUCACUUCAAUUGGUUUGCCAAAAUCAAUUCAUGAGUUUAACCAAUAUUUAGGCAAUCUUCCCCACAAGGUAAAAAUUAUAAUUGCUGGUAAUCAUGAAAUUACUCUAGAUAGCACAAUGAUAAACAGAGAAGAUAUUAAAGACUAUGUUUCUAAAAAAUUUAACAUUUUGCCUGCCUCAUAUGAUGAAGUAUUAGUCAAGUUAAAUGUGACAUCAUCCAGAGAUCUUUUGACCAAUUGUAUCUAUUUGAUGGAUUCAAGUAUAGAUGUGUGUGGAAUUAAAAUUUAUGGUAGUCCUUGGCAGCCAGAAUUCCAUGGCUGGGCCUUUAACUUGCCUAGGGGAGCUCAGUGUUUAGAGAAGUGGAACAUGAUUCCAGAUGAUACAGAUAUACUCAUGACACACGGACCACCUUUAGGUCAUGGUGACUUAUGUACAUCUGGUCUAAGAGCUGGCUGUGUAGAACUUCUAGCAACCAUACAAAAACGUGUCAAACCCAAGUACCAUUUGUAUGGUCAUAUACAUGAAGGCUAUGGUGUAACAACAGACGGUCAAACAAUUUUCAUGAAUGGCUCCAACUGUACAAUACUGUAUAAACCCCACAAUAAACCUAUUGUUUUUGAUUAUCCCAUUCCUAAAGGUCAUACCAAAGCAGAAUUAAACAAUCUGCCAGUUAAUAAUAUUAGUGAAAACUCUUUUUCUAAUACUUAAAUACUGCUGAUUUUAAUAUGUUUAGAAUCUAACAUUAUUAAAUAACAAAAUGUUAACAAUAAUAUAAUUAUAAAUGUAUUCUAUAUACCUUUAUAAAGUAAUAUAGGUCAAUAAUUUAAUGGCACAUCAUAUGGGACAGUGAAUUUUUGUCCCAAGGUCCUGACUUAUGAUCUCAGGCUUGGGACCACUAGACGUUCAUGAUUUCACCCGGCCCUGAUGGUGACUCAACUUACAUUGGAGGAAGAGAAGGCAGCUUGGCAUAGUGCUGACCACACCAUCCUUUGCCAUGGUCAAGAUAAACUCAAUACUUCAUCUGCUCUAUGGAUUGUUAGGCCUGAAAGGGGAAUUUUAAUUGUUUUAUGUAAUUAGGAAGUAAAAUUUCUUUUUUAAACUGUUCACGACCACGAGCUUUUUAUAUUUCAAAACUUUUCCCCUUUAAUUAAAUUUCAAGAAAAUCACAAUAGUCUUAAAAAGCCUAUGUAAUCAUACUAAAUUUUUUUUAAAAUCUUUUUAAAAAUAUGCAAGCGAUAAAAUUAUAGUUACAUUUUAAAAACUUAAAUCUGUUUAAGAAACAUCGAUUACACAUUUUUAUAUUUUUGUAUUGAAUAUAAGCCGUUGAAAAGCCGUUUAGAAUUAUUUUAUCAAUUUAAAUAUUUUGAUAAACAGCCCUCAACCUCUCCUUGAAGUCCACCGGAAUGGCCAGGGAGAGUAAAACAAUAAAAGUCAAAACAAUUGUUUCCUUCAUAAAAUACACAGUAGUGAUCUAUGAUGUAUAGCCUGGUAUUGUAUUUAUAUUAAAUAAUAUAUUAAUGUAACAUCCCUAAUCACCACAACACCCUUACUCCGCUAAUCCAAAUUAAAAAUACUAUUAUAUUAUUAUUUAUUUGUUAGACUAUUUCUAGCCUUAAUAAAACCGGAAGUGAUUUUGUACUUAUUACACAAAUAUUCAAUAUUGGUUGAACAAUAUGCUUUCUGGCAAAAAAAAAUUUGGAACCAGCGUUUCAUGCCUAUAAUAUUAUUCCAUUGUUUGAAGUGUGUGUGUAAAAUGUGUUCAUUUUAUGGAUGUGACACAUUUCCAUAUGUAAAUAAUACCAUUUGUGAUUUUGAAAGUGGAGAGUUUUAUACCUUUUAGAUACUUUUUAAAUGUGAUAUCUUACAAUGUUCAUGAAAAAUAAUUUUACUGUAACCUUAAAAUGAGAUCUUUUUAAAAUUGUUUAUUUUAAUUUUUUGCACAUACAAUUUAUUUAAACUCUAAAAAGUUUUGAUACAUUUUAUGAAGUUGAAAAAUAACAUUUUAUUUCCUGAACAAACUUUACUAAGGAAUAACUAGAUAUGAAUUGUUUAAUUUAAAUGCUUAUACCAAUUUUUUAUUUUAUGUAAAUGAAAAGUUUCAAGAACUGACCUGUUGAAUUUGUUCCAUAUUUACAACUUUUAUGAAAUAUAUUCUUGUAUUUUUUAUUUUGUGCACUGUGAUACAUAUAUGAUGAUAUAUUUUACUGUUAAACUGCUCAUGAUUAAAGU